AUGGGGGUAGCAGAAUCUGGUUCCUCACCUGACGCCCUCUGUUUCUCUCUGCCAGGAACCCAGACCCGAUUCAGCCAGGAGCCAUCUGACCAGACGGUUGUGGCUGGGCAGCGGGCUGUGCUUUCUUGUGUGCUGCUGAACUAUUCUGGCAUCGUGCAAUGGACCAAGGAUGGCUUGGCUCUGGGCAUGGGCCAGGGCCUCAAAGCAUGGCCACGAUACCGGAUUGUGGGCUCUGCAGAAGCUGGGCAGUACAACUUGGAGAUUACAGAUGCCGAGCUGUCCGAUGAUGCUUCCUACGAGUGUCAGGCCACCGAAGCUGCCCUGCGCUCACGAAAGGCAAAACUCACUGUGCUGAUCCCCCCAGAGGAUCCUACGAUUGAUGGAGGUCCUGUCAUCCUGCUGCGGGCAGGAACACCCUACAACUUGACAUGCCGAGCUUGCAGUGCCAAACCUGCUGCCACCAUCGUUUGGUUCCGGGAUGGGACACAGCAGGAGGGGGCUAUGACCACAACGGAGGUGCUAAAAGACGGAAAGAGGGAGACCACAAUCAGCCAGCUACUCAUCUACCCCACAGAUUUGGACAUUGGGCGUGUCUUCACCUGCCGAAGCACCAAUGAAGCCAUUCCUGGUGGGAAGGAGACCUCUAUCGAGCUCAACGUGCACCACCCACCCACUGUGACUUUGUCCAUCCAACCCCAGACUGUGCAGGAAGGGGAGCGAGUUGUCUUCACUUGCCAGGCUACAGCUAACCCAGAAAUCCAAGGCUACAGGUGGGCCAAGGGUGGGAUACUGAUUGAAGAUGCUCAUGAGAGUCGCUAUGAGACAAAGGUUGAUUACUCCUUUUUCACGGAGCCUGUGUCCUGUGAGGUCCACAAUGAUGUAGGCAGUACCAAUGUCAGCACACUGGUGGAUGUUCACUUUGCUCCCCGGAUUGUGGUUGACCCCAAACCCACAACCACAGACAUCGGCUCUGAUGUGACUAUCACAUGCGUGUGGGCUGGCAAUCCUCCUCUCACUCUCACCUGGACCAAGAAGGACUCCAACAUGGUCUUGAGCAACAGUAAUCAGCUUUACUUGAAGUCAGUAACCCAGGCAGAUGCGGGCAUCUAUACCUGCAGGGCCAUUGUGCCUCGGAUUGGUGUGGCUGAGCGAGAAGUGGCUUUGUUUGUAAAUGGGCCCCCCAUCAUCUCCAGUGAGGCUGUGCAAUAUGCUGUCCGUGGGGAUGGUGGCAAAGUGGAAUGUUUUAUUGGAAGCACACCACCCCCUGACCGAAUUGCUUGGGCCUGGAAGGAGAACUUCCUGGAGGUAGGGACUCUGGAGAGAUACACUGUGGAGAGGACCAAUUCGGGCAGUGGGGUGCUUUCUACUCUGACCAUCAACAAUGUCAUGGAGGCUGAUUUCCAGACCCAUUACAAUUGCACAGCCUGGAAUAGCUUUGGACCGGGUACAGCCAUAAUCACUUUGGAGGAGAAAGAAGUCCUUCCUGUGGGUAUCAUUGCUGGAGCUACAAUUGGUGCAGGAAUCAUCCUCAUUGUCUUCUUCGCUGCCCUCGUCUUCUUCCUCUAUAGGCGCCGCAAAGGAAGCCGAAAGGAUGUGACUCUGAGAAAGCUGGACAUUAAGGUGGAAACAGUGAACCGGGAGCCGCUCACCCUACACCCUGACCGGGAAGAUGACACUGCCAGUGUGUCCACUGCCACCAGAGUUAUGAAGGCCAUCUAUUCGUCAUUUAAGGAUGAUGUGGAUCUGAAACAGGACCUUCGCUGUGAUGACACCCGAGAAGAGUAUGAGAUGAAGGACCCCACCAAUGGCUACUACAAUGUCCGAGCACAUGAAGACCGCCCUUCUUCCCGGGCCGUCCUCUACGCUGACUACCGUGCUCCAGGCCCUGCCCGCUUUGAUGCCCGUCCCUCCUCUCGUCUCUCUCAUGCCAGUGGCUAUGCCCAACUCAGCACCUACACCCGGGGCCCUGCCCCCGACUAUGGCCCUGAAGCCCCUGCCCCUGGCCCUCCACCCCCAGGUGGUGGUGAGCAAGCCAGUCAGCUCUCCUAUGAGAACUAUGAGAAAUUUGGCCCCCAUCCCUUCCCAGGGGCAGCCAACUACCCCACUUACCGUCUUGGCUACCCUCAGCCCCCUCCCCCAGGGCUGGAGCGGACCCCCUAUGAGGCAUAUGACCCCAUAGGCAAGUACGCCACAGCUACUCGCUUCUCCUACACAUCCCAACACUCAGACUAUGGCCAGAGGUUCCAGCAGAGGAUGCAGACUCAUGUGUAGGGAGCCUCUGCGGGGCAGAGGAGAAGGCUCUCUGGACUGUUCCCUGAUAUUCAGGGGCAUUGCCGUUUGCUUCCGUCUUGAACCUACCUUCCCCUCACCCUCAACCCCAGCUCUCCUCCCACUGCCGAUGGGGGGGAAGAUUAUGUGUCUGAAACACCCCCUAUCCCAAGGAUGGUGCUUCAUACCCUAAACACUUGGGACUAUCCUACUCUCUCUCUCCUUGGGGAGAUUUUUCCCUUCUGGUCUGGUUUCCCUACUCCUACAUCUUCCCCACUCCUGGGCAUGGAGGCAGGGAGAGUAGGGACUGGGGAAGGGACAGAGUUCAGUUUUGUUCUUCGUGUGUGUGUCUCUGUCUCUGUCUUUCUGCUCCCCCUGUCUCUCUUGUCUCACUUGAAAUGGGGAUCUUGGUUUGGGGGAAGGGAGAUGCUGAGCAGGAGUGGCCAGGCUGGGGGCCAGGAGAGUCCAUAGGAAGGAAGGGCAGGCAUACCACCAAUAAUGAAACUCAGGUCAGGAGCCCUGGCUGGGCCUCUUGCCAUUUACCCUCACACCCUGAAUUUGCCCUAUCCCUAGAUGGAGGCUGGACAAAGAAGCUCAAAUCUUAUUUCGAGGGUGACUCUAGUUGCAAAUUCAAAUAGUCAGCUUCCACCAGAACACAGUGUUUCUGCAGCUGGCCACUGCUGCUGCUUCUAUGUUCUGUCCCCUCUAUCGGGAGCUAGAAUUCCCCAGUAUCUCCUCGUCCAGCCCUAUUCCUUCCUUUAGAGAGAAAGUAUGGUACGGUGGAAAGAGCAUUUGACUAGGAGUAAAAGGGUUCAUGGGUUUAAAAUGAUGCUUAGGCCUAUUCCCACCAGCAAACCCCUGGCCUGGCAGAGCAGUCAAUGAUUCAAGGAAUAAUUAGGGAAAAAAACAAAAACAAAACACCAGAAUCCUGGGUCUUAAUUCACCAGCAAAGGGGAAUAAUGUGCUUUGGUGCAGUACCUAAAAUUGGCACCAGAGGGAGCCCCGACCUCUCUGUCUUCCCACUACCACCCACCUCACCAUCACCAUCAGCCUCAUCCCUCCCUAGUUAUGCCCUAUUUUGUCUUUGUCUCUGGGUGAGAAAGGGGUGCAGGGAUAGUAUGGAGGGCAACCAAGAGCCAGUAGACUAGUUUCAUAAAUUUCUUCAGGAAACAAACAAACAAAAACCGUAAAACAAUCUCAAAAAAAAAAAAAAUGCCCUCCCAAAUGUAAGUCCCAACAGAGAAGAGAGGGAGAAGAAUGUCAGAAGCUCAGAUGGGCAAGAGUGGGCUCUGCUUCUCAUCCAGGAAUGGACAUUCUCCAUCACCCUUCCAGUCUCCAAGCACUUUGAAUUCUUAUUUUAUUCAGGCAGUGGAACAAGUCGAGUGGUCUGAUUCACAGGCUGAGUUGCCAUAACCUGGAAAAAAGAUUGGUUAGGAAGACUUUUUCCUGAAGGAUAGAACUGCCAGUGAAAUCCUCAGAUGGAUUUUUCUGUUAAAGUGUCUUUUGUUUGUUUCUUCUGGCUCAGCCAGAACUUUUAGUCCACUUUCAGUGCCUUGAACAUCAAACUUUUGUUGACCACCCUGUUGGUGGGAGCCAGGUGCCCCUAACUAAUUAAUUCUCCUAGGAGAGGUGUUUGGAAAGAGAGAUUAAUAUCUAGAAAUCACCACCAGUGGAGAACAUAUGUUCCUUUGGGUGGUAAAAUUUUAAAAAGUAACCUCAUUCCACAUCCCAUCCCCAGGCCUUCUAAGUAGUCUAAUCUCUCUACCUGGCACCUGUCCCUCAGUCUCCACCCUUCUAACCAAAGAGAACAGGAGCUGGGGGAGUAGGUUUAGACCUUGCCCAAGCCUCCAUCCCUCCAAAAGUAAUGAAAGGCAGGACUCAUCAUAAUCUUUUUGGAGGAGAAAAGCAGCUGUGGAGCCUCUGGUCUAUUUCCCUUAGAUUAUUUCCCAGAAUGCACCAUGCUCCUUUUUGGUGGUCACUGUUCAUUAAUCCUGUUCAUGUUAAUGAGCUACAUGCUCAUCAGCUACGCGCCAUCAACACCCUUAUGGAUGGGUCUCUGGGAUGACAUUCACCCAACCUCUCCUGUGUAAGGACAGAGUUGUACUUAUGAAGUAGGCCCUGCUUCAAAUAUACAGGUUAAUCAGUUAAAAUUCAAGGUGGGUGCUUGGGGUGGCUCACAUAUUGGAGAUAAUCUGAUGAGUUCCAAACUUCUCCAUCUAAAAGUUAAAUUCCUUUGAAGUUGUUCAUGGGGAAACCUCUCUAGGAAGAUUUCUUAAGAUUAUAGGUGUCUUUAAACAAAUCCAGUCGUCAAUCAUUUGGGCUAAAGGAGGGAAUAAAAUCCAGAGAUCCUAAGUGAUCUAAAUCUGAAAAUAAUCUGAUUAGUUGGAUUUUUUAAAAUAGAAAAACCAAAGGGUAUUCCUCUUUGGUUUAAGAGUAGCCAAUGAAGACAUGUUAAAAAUGUAUAUUUAUCUGAUUCCCUUCUUUCCAGGCUGAGUUGCCAAUGUUUUUCUCUUUUCAAUUCAAAUGUUAGAACUUCUUUUUUAUUUCCUCAACCCUGGCUAGGUAGUAGGAGUAGAAAAAGUCCUAGGGAAGUGUGGGAAAUUUGGUAAGUUUUGAAACCACUUGAAGAAGGUUAGGAUCUGAGUCUCUCUGUGUGUGUGUGUGUGUGUGUGUGUGUGUGUGUGUGCGUGUGUGUGUUGGGAGAGAAGGGUUCAGAAACUGAAAUGAAUCCCAAAGAUGACUUUCCUGGAGGGUUUUGAUGCACUUGCAUUAUCCAGCUCUAGGUUAUUCAUCUUACUAUUUAACCCAGGCAAUUCUUCUUCCUCCUUCUUCAACAUUCUACUUCUUUGUUGCUUUCGCUUCCCCAAAGGACUUUUUACUUCAAUUAUAACCCUAUGGGAGGGAAAGGAAUUUGAGAUUCCCUCCCUGUACUUGAGCCCAGCUACUGAAAAGGGCCUUUGAAACCUAAGUUCUUCAUUCUUUGAUCUACGCACACACAUAUGUAUAUGUAUAUACAUAUACAUGUAAAUAUACAUAUACAUAUAUAUGUCUAUAUGAGAUACAACAUUAUCUGUCCCUAGUGUGAAAUAGAAAGCUGAGAACAAGCAAGGAGGUCAAUAGGAAAGUCCAAUAGCAUUUCAUUUCCUCUUUGACUUUUCACUGUAGGGUUUCAUCUUUUGAUUUGAAAUGGAAUGAACUUCCAGAACAUCAGACCACUCUUACAUUCACAUGCAUAAACAGAAACAUUCCAAACCUUAAAACAAAAUCAAUUUUGGAUUAUCCAUUUGUUCUUGGGUUAACCAUUCAGCUUUAUUUUUCCACUCAGAGUUUAAGGGAUGA